CUUCACACUUAGAUUCUUCACUACACACUAUUAGUUACUUCACUGCGCACACUUAUAUACUGCACCCUGCCCGGAGCUCUUUCUGUACACUUUGCAAGGUGGAAUUACAGAACAGCUGAACUAAUGCCUCAUAACAACAGCUGGAGCCUCCGGACGUCCCGAUCACGCCUCCCUGACAGCCACAACAGCCACUCCUCCUGCCUCGUGAUGGACCUGUCGGCGGAGGUCUCGGCUGCCCUGCGUCUGUUGGGGGACACGACCAAGACUGUCCCCGCCACCUUCCAGCACCUCCUACAGACAGUCACAGAGGACGUCACCAAGAGUCCCCCCGAGGCUACUCAUCCCGGUGGAGACGAUGAUGGUAGUGUGUCACGAUGCCAUGCAGCUCUGACAACACUGUUCCUGGAGGCGGUACGGGAUGGACAUAACGUCACGGUGAUCACAUCCGUGCUAGAGGAUCUAAACUGGCCUUCAGAAAGAAUAAAUGAAACCACAAAGGCUGUAGAGUCACACCGGUCAGCCUUACAGUCAAAGCUUGCCUCCCUCGGAACUUUCCCACCUCACAUAGUUGACAUUGACUGGAAGCUGAGCUACCAUGUUAGAAGUAGUGACGGUGAGGAGGGAGGUGGAGCCAUGUACCAGGUGACCCUUCACACAGAGGAGUCAGGGGGAGGGCGUGGCAAGGUCUCAUUCUCGUGCUCUCUGGCUCAGCUCACUCACCUUGUUACCAGGCUCAGACAGGCCUCUCGCUGCAUCCAAAAAUAUGCAAGCAACAGUUGAUUAAAGUUUUUCAGUUAGAAUGUAUUUUAUCAAACAUUUCAAGUUGCUCAUAUUCUACUAAUGUUGGUGCUAACUUCCUCAGCCUUUUUGUAUUUAUUCAGGUUUUUCUUUCUCUGUGAUUCAUGACUUGAUUGAGGCUAACAUAAAAGAGAUUCCUUUAUGUACUUGCAACUCUAGCAUGUUACCUGUAUGAGAGGGUAGUACAGGGAUGGCACCACAUGUUAUGGAGGGCUCCAGAGGGAGACGAGAACAUCAAGCGUUGGUCCAUAAUUCCAUGGCUGUGCACAUAGGGUAAGAAUGAUUAUGGGACUUUAUGUUCCUUCACUAGAACCCUGUAUGUACUGCUUUUUAUACUUAGAGCAUUAAGAAUAUUUAUUAAUUUUCAAGUCUUUAUCUUCCAAAGGUCAGUGUGAUCAGGCACAGUAGUAGAAUGUUGGCCAUGUGCAGUCUAGGGAGUAGCAGAAACAUCCAUGCGUUGUGGGAAGAUUUUUCUUAAUGAUUGCUGUGUCUUCACUGUAAUAUACAGUUCACUGUGAUAUUUUAUUGAUUCCAGCACCAGUUUGUUUAAGAAUAUGCAUAUAUUUAAAGUGUUUUGUAUCAACUGAGCAUAGAAAAAAUGUGAGCAUUCAUAUGACAUCUCUAUCAUAAAACUGAA